CACCAUGAAAACCUCGCGUCGAAGCACCCCCAAAGGUCGGUCUGGCUGCCUGACCUGCAAAGCCCGUCGUGUGAAAUGUGACGAAGCCAAGCCGACGUGUCAGCGAUGUCGUCGUGCCAACCGCACCUGCGAGGGAUACGCCGUGCUCCACCAGCAACCGAGCUCCCUCCACCAGCGGCGAUUGCCAAUCAUCACAGCCUACAACAUCCCCUUCCGCGUCCCCGGCAGUCAAGCCGAUCGGGAACUGCUGCAUUUCUACUGCUGCGAAGCCGCCCAGAGUCUCUCCAGCUUAACCGACCCAACCCUGUGGACGCAGCUGGUCCUGCAGCGCUGCCACACGCAACCCAUCAUCCGCCAUGCGCUGGUGACGCUGAGUGCGCUCUAUCGCGAUCAUUAUUGCGACCGUGGCCCACAAUCGCCGGAAACACCGCGACAACCCUCCCCGCGGAGUCUGGAGUUGAUCGCCAAGUCCCACCGUCAAGUCUGCCGCCAUCUCGCUUCUCCGCACGCCUCCUACGAGGUUGCCCUGAUCUGCGGGGUGCUGUUCUACGCCUUUGAAACAUUAAUCGGCGAGGCCGAGGCCGCCAUCCGCCAUCUCGAUCAGACCCUGCUGCUGUUCCGAAGGUAUCGCGAUGACGACGCUGCGCGCCCGGGGUGCCGCGACGGACCCCCGGUCGCGGAUGAUCUCCUGCCGCAUUUGAAUUCCCUGCUGGCGAGAUUGGAUAUCCAAGCGAGCAUGUACAACGAUACCCGGCCGUUGGUGCUGCUGCUGGGUCCGGCUGAAUGGGAAGCUUCCCCGCCAUCAGGGCCAUCAUCGCCCGAACUCCCAAGCGACCCCACCGCGCCGUCGCCAACCGACCUCAAUGCCAAAGAAAGAACCGUCAUAACCCUCCAAGCCCGUCUUCUCCGCCACCUCAUGCUCCACGUCUCGCAUAAGAACCACCCCCUCGACAGCCUCCCGCCGUCCAUACUCCACGAACGUCGCGCGCUGGACGCAGACUUCCAGACGUUUAUCGCCUCCCUCACUGUGCAUCCUGCACCCCCGGCCUCACCCGCAAGACCCAUCCCGCAGCGGGACGAUAGCAGCGGCAGCAGCAGUAGCAGCGACAACGAUCUCAACAGUCCCGGCAGUCCUGUUCCGCCGUCCGAUAGAGGGACCGCCCAUGGGCAUGGGGGUGGAGAGGGAGCAGGUGCGGGUGCGGGUGGCACCUUCAGUUUCACCCUCUCCACCCAGCUGAUCGCAGGGCUCUAUUUCAUCUGUCUGAAGAGUCAUGACCCUCGCACGGUGGAUGAUGCAUUGUUGCUGUUGCAGGAGAAUCCGCGGUUGCCCAGGCGGGAGGGGCUGUGGGAUGCUGGGGUGGUGGCCAAGGUGGUCGAGGGGUUGCGGGCGAGGAAACGGGCGUAUGAACAACGCAUGGAAGGACUGCAGGAAAAGAGGGACAGAAAUCUGCUGAGAUUGGAAGAUGUAGGGGAGGGGAUUCUGGACGCCGAGGGGGUCGGGGGUGUCGCGGAGGUUUUGGAUCUGUUGAAAUUUGGUAGCAAGGAGGACCGAGAGCAGCAGCAGCAGCAGCAGCAGCAGCAGCAGCAGCAGCAGCAGGAGGAUGUCAUGACCUAG